UGUGCCAUGCGCGCGGUGUGCUGCUUUGUAACCGCUACUGAUUGAUACUGCAAUAAGUUCAAAAGUCUUCUGUGCAGACUGUGCUGAUAGUAAAUAAGUGAAGAAAAUAAGAACAAAACUCAUGCUUCGUCAUGUUGCGUUCCAAGAAAGAUGUCGAUCGGCAUGUGCGAGACAUCCUGUCUAAAGUCAAAAGUGACAACGAACGCAAGUUGAGAGGAUAUAACAUUGCUCGCUUCUAUCACAAUGUGGGAGAACACGAGAUUGCAAGUCGCUAUGUGAGUGAAUUCCUUGCUGUGAGGCCCAAAGCUAUUGAUGGGCAUCGCCUCCUGGGACAAAUACUUGAAGCCAAUGGGAAGAAAGAAAAAGCUGUUCUUGCCUACAAAACAGCUUAUGAGCUUGGGGAUGGACAGAAAGACUUGGUCAUUAAGAUAUGUGAGCUUUAUAGUGAGGUGCCCUGUGACGUGUCUGUCCUCAUGCACUGGGCUGAUGAAGGCCAAAGACUUUGCCCUCAUCACGAGGCCAUCACAAAACUUCGCUCCACCAUUAUUUCCAACUCUUCUGAGGCCAACUCAAAAGCUAAACUGCGAGACCUAUAUUUGGACCAAAUCAAGGUGAAUCCCGCAUCUGCUGAGCUGCAAAGCAACCUCGUUCGUCUGUACUUGGACUGGUCUUCUGAAGACCCCAAUAAACUGCAAGAAGCCUACAACUAUGUGCGCGACGUGGAGGCAAGACGGCCGUUCACUCACUCGCUGCUCUGGUAUCAGACGAUCAUCGAAGUUGCUGAUUGUCAUGAAAAGCAGAGUGGUAACAGUAGCUCGCUGGGUGUGGACUACCACUCGUGGGUGUUGACAGCUCUGGACAGACUUGUACAUCUCACUCUUUGUGCUGCCAGCUCCUCGUCUGUGUCGUCAAUCGUGGACUCAAAUCGAGAGUCAUACCUCACAGAGGCUGCUAAUCUUCUGCAGAAAUUUGACAACAAACUGGCUGCUGUGAAAAAGCUAGGAUGUGGACCAGAGCUAGAGCAAGCCAUGGCUGGUCAGCUCUUCUUCCACUUGGCUCAGUAUGUGAUGAUCAGUGCUAAGAGGACAAGUUUCCCACUGAACCCCAACUCUGUGUCAUGCUUGCUGCUGCACGCGUGCGCGUCGCCGGCGCCCGACGCCAGCAGACACUGUUACCUGCACCGACUCGCGGCGUACAGGUUGUCUCAAGGCUACCACAUCGUGCAUAGCCUUGCCAAGGACGCAGGCACUUCCCCUACCACGCUCCUUAACAAGGUGCGUCAGCAGUGUGGUAAUCGCGAAAGCAAAGAAGAGGCUUUCCGUGCAGUGUUCGGCAGCCGCGUUUCGUCAGACCAGAGUUACUUCCUGCAUCACUCAGGCUACGGCGAACAGGAACUCGCCAUCCCUAGUGCUGAUGAAGCUAAAUCUUUUGACCAGACCGUUUGUGUCAACGAAAGCAGUCAAUUGCGGGAAGUUCUCUGGCUUUAUCUGCAAGGCAUUCUUCGUAGAGCUUCAGCUUCUGCCUCUCAAGGCAACAAUUCGCUCAAUGUGAGCAACCUCAACUCGAGCUCUGUUGGGAACACCAGCAUCAGUAGUGGUGGUGGCGGUGGUGGUAACCUCAACUCCUUGAUGAACAGUGCACUCAAGAAGAACCAGCCAUACUUUCCUCAUAAGCUUUUUGAUGGUCUCCAGUUUGCAACGUCUCACCUCAAUAGUGCUGUUCCUGACUCACUCAGCCAUUUAGAUCUUCUAGCGUUCUUGGCCGCCACCAUCUACUGCCAGUUGGAGAAUGGAGCGUGCAGUGGCAGUGUGCGUAGUGCCGUGUGCAAGACGAGCGUGUGUAGUGGCUGGCUGCUGCAUACACCGCAACAGGAGGAAUGGUGGAGUGCUGCUCACGAUUUAUUUGUGAGCUCAUCUCGGCGUUCGGCACUUGCUAAAGGCAUCGGGAAAUGCCGUCAGGUCGUGCAACGAGGUUUGGAAGCCAUUCGGUUAUUGGCUGGUGGUGGCAUCUCCGUGCCUCUGGCUGUGCAUAUUGCUAACUGCUUCACUCAUUGGGCAUCUUGUGCUGCUGAUGAAGAUGAAGUUAGCAUCUCCGAAAUAACGGCUCUGGAGGAGAGAGCUGAGCAUUGUUGGCAAAGGGUCCUCUCGCUAUGCAGCCGAAACAAUGCCAAUGGAACCUCUCACAUACCAAGAAAUCAACUGUUUGAGACUGCACGCCAUGGCAUGGGAUCUCUAAAGCUUGAUGAAGUUGAAGAAGAAGGCCGCUUGUUUUUAGCCAAACGUCUAAUCAAAUCAGGACGACGUCAGGAGGCUCUUCAGUCCUUGGGUCAAUUGAAGUCUCCAGAAGCUGCUUUCCAGCGCGCCUUAGUGUACAAGCAACAGGCCAGUGAAAUGGUCAGUGCUGUGAGCGGAAAUUUGAGCCUCUUCACGCCUGAGCAACGUGGUCAACACACUCUGUACCUAACACAGGCUAGAGACACUCUCUAUCUCACGCUUGACAGACUACGAAUGCCAGGCGUGGAUCGUAAUCAUCCUCUGAAUGCAACUCUCAGUGCAGAAAUGGCGAACGUUGAACGUGCUCUCACGUCCAUCACAGCAAAUUUAAUAAAUAAUUCAUUCCACGAGGGAGAUGGCGAGUCUGAAGUAGAGCCACUGUCGCCCAUUCACCACGGACACGACCUGAGCCUUGGUGGCGAGAGUAUCAUUGAUGGAUGUCACGCGAUAUCAGGCACGCCUGCUCGCGGUGGAAGAGCCAUGUCCACUCUAAGGGUUGAAGCUCGUCCGAGCCCUGAACGUUUGGACGCACAAGUGCGUCACCUCACUACCGUACAGGAGCAAACCUUACAGAAUUUAUGUGAGCAGAACUCGGCCCUGCGGACGCACAACGCGGCUCUAAGGGAAACUUGCAACACUGUUGCUACUCAAGUGAAGGAAAAUGCGCAACUCUUUCGAAGCAUUCUCGAACAAAAUAAAUCUAUGUCGAUGGAUUGUUACAGCCAUAUCCUAACUCAAGUUAAAGGCAUAUCAGGGUCUGUAGAUGAGUUGGUUGGCGAAGUUCAAAAACUCAGAAAAGAGAUGAUGGAAGUCAAGAGCGCUCUUCAUAAACGUCCUGACGACGCUGAUGGGCGUGGCGACGGAUUACCUGCUCAUCCAACACCACCUCCACACCAGAGCAUGCUGUCGCAGCUGUACAUGGGGUGCUACGCGGGGCAAGUUGGGGCCGCAGGAGUGCCUCAUCCUCUCACUUCUCACCUCCUCCCGCCCCACUCUGCCAUGCUGCCUGGUCAUGCUCCUCAUGGCUCUCCAUUCUUACCUCCAGCUACGCUGGCAGACGCCUCGUACUUGAGCAGCUCGAGCGCAGCUGGGGUGCACAUGAGUCGCCUACUGGGAGGCGUGAACACGUCUGUUGCAGACCCCCCCUCCCCCCUGCCCUCGUCCGUCUCUGCUCGAGUUCACUUCCAGGACCUUCCAGCUCUUGCUUCUCCGCUGCCUGUUGCGUCAGCAGCUGCAAGUAGCAGUACCUUGUCCGGGAUUCUUUCAUCACCGUACCUCGGCACGUCAAGCAUCACAGGCAGCAGCACGUCUGCUCCUCACAACUAUCAAAUUCCUCUGCCUGCGACGUCCUUCGCUGGAGCCGUUCCUCUUCCGCUGCACACUCCUGAUCGGUCGUCAAGUCUGAUCCCAACGUCUGGUUUGCUGGCCAGCGUGCCUCCUCCGAUCUAUUCUGCCGUGACUCCGGGCAAUUCACCUCAUCCUGUUUCUCAUCACGGUAGCGCUGUUGCAGCAUCUUCAUUCACAGCCUCUUCUGCUAGUCCCUUGCAAACCAUGUUUUUGGGCAGCGCUGGGCUCGUGCCAGUAACCACUGCUUCCGUGACAGACGCACCUCUUACUGGGAAAAUAAAAUCAAUUCCUCAACGAGUACAGAAAAUUUCUGAAAAUGGUUUGGAUAAUUCAACAGCUGUGACUGAAGUUUCAGGCUUGAGCAACACGAGCAACGAAUAUUAUCAUGAUGACGGCCAUGACCCAUGUCCUGAUUUUGUUCCCGUGGUACCGUUGCCCGCCAAAGUCGAGGUACACACUGGAGAGGAGGAUGAACAAGUUCUUUUUGAAGACCGAGCCAGGCUUUACCGCAUUGUUGCCAAGGAGUGGAAGGAACGCGGUACCGGUGUCAUCAAAAUUCUCCACAAUAGUCCGAAAAAGUCAGUACGUGUACUCAUGCGACGGGACCAAACCUUCAAAAUCUGUGCUAAUCACUUGAUAACUCCAAGCAUGUUGCUCAAGAAGCUACCCAAGCACGACAAUGCUUGGCUUUGGGGCGCUCAGGACUAUGCUGACGAACAGCUUGCAUCCGAAACUUUUUGCUGUAAAUUCAAGACAGAAGAAAUUGCUUCUCGAUUUAAUCGAGCCAUCAUUGAGGCUAAGAUGCUUGCGACUGAGUAUAUGAAAGACACUUCAGUUUCAUCAGAAGUAACUAGUGCUGCAAGUGUAACCACUGAAACCUUGAAGCCGUUGUCUGAACUUUUCAAGAAGGCACCAGGAUCUUGGACUUGCUCCUCAUGUUUUGUUGUCAACACGGCGGAGUCAUCUCGUUGCAUUGCCUGUACUUCGCCUAAUCCCAGUGCUCCAUUUACAUCUGCUGCUACAUCUUCAGAAGCUGCAGUUGACUUGUCCAAUGCUGGUGGUUUCAAGUUCGGCUUUCUCUCGAGUAAUUCUACCGCUGCUUCUCCAAUAUUUUCGUCAGUGUCUCCAGCCAAAGCAUCUGGUAGCAUCACUUUUGGUGUCAGCGGGCAGGCUGGUGUGAAACCAAGUCCUUUUUCAACACCUACUCCUGGCCUCUUCUCUACACCUCUUGGAAACAAUAAACCAUCGACUGAAUUUAAGAAGGAAGAAUCUUCUAUCAGCCUUUUUGUGACGCCCAAGUCUGAGAUAAACACCCCAGUUGCUGCUUCUUCGUUGUCCUCUUCAAGUAUCUUUAACACUCCGAAUCGGACAUCUAUCUUAUCCACCCCUACGUUGUCGUUACCUACGUCAUCAACUGGCGUCAUGCCUUCUGCUAGCAGUUUAUUUGGUACUCCGGUCACAGGCAGCGUGUUCUCAGUGGCACCUUCUUCAUCUCUUAUAUUCUCGCAAUCAACAUCUCAAGUCCCGAGCGUCACCAGCGCCGUGACGACAUCAGCGGUGGCCCAGAGCAAGACUCUGUUUGGAGGAUUCUCCUUCACCAGUGCGCCGACAAUGGCACCACCCAAAGAACAAGAGAUCAAGAAGGAAGAGGAACCAAUCAAAAAGCCAAGCAUCUUUUCUUCAUUCACAUUUGGUUCAAGCAAUACGGACAGUGGCAAAUCAUCUACAUUCAGUUUCAAAACAGACGGAAGCAAUUCGAAGGAUGCAGCUGCUCAGAGUGUAGCUAUAUUGUCAAACUCGAAUAUUAAUGAAGCUCUAACUUUUAGUGCCCUAGCUGAUGGCUCCAACUUGCAGGCUGCUGAUGUUUUCAAGACCAAAGAUCUAAAUGCUUUCAAACCUCAACCACUUUUCAUAGGUAAAAACACCUCAGUGAGCGGGAACGAAAGCUCUGAAAAGGUUGAAGAGUAUGAGCCUGAAGUGCAUUUUGAACCCGUUAUCCCUCUGCCUGAGCUGGUGCAAGUAAAAACAGGAGAAGAGGAUGAAGAGCAACUGUUUUGUGAACGGGCCAAACUAUAUCGUUGGGCGGAGGCCACUAAAGAAUGGAAGGAGCGUGGACUGGGAGACGUUAAAAUUCUUUCUAAUGAAAACACUGGCAAAAUUCGGCUGCUCAUGAGGCGUGAAAAAACUCUCAAGAUAUGUGCAAAUCACUACAUCACACCUGAUCUCACCAUCAGCUUCAGGAGUGACUCUGACAAAGCUUUAUCUUGGAUUGCAAACGACUUUGCUGAAAGUGAAGUCAUCCGUGAAAAUUUCACCAUUAAGUUCAAGACACCUGAGCUUGCAAACAACUUCAAAGUAAAGUUUGAAAAUGCCCAGCAGAUGUUGCGUGAGAAAGCUGUUCCGUCUUCGACACUGACUGAAGACAGCAAAUCCCAAGACUCGGUCACAAAGGAUGCUUCCAACACCAAACCUCAAUCAUCCAAGUCGCUGAUGGAUAUGUUUAAACCAGCUGCAGGAUCUUGGGAGUGCGAUACCUGCCUUCUGAGAAACAAUGCCGAUUCGGUGACAUGUGCUUCUUGCCAGUCUCUCAAACCUGGCACAUCGGCUGCAGAGGUUACUGUCAAACCAAGUAAAGAUGCUGUUCAAACAUCCAUUUCUUUUGGCAUUCCGUCAUCAGCUUCAGCGUCUGCUACCAGUUUCACUCCGGCUUUCAAAUUUGGCCUUGCCAGUGGCCCUACUCCAGCAUUCUCAUUUGGAUUGCCCACUACGUCAACGUCCACUAGUGCUUCGUUAUCCUCAGCUGCUCCUGCCAAUUUCUCUUUUAAACCCACGCCCGUUGUUGCAAACAACGAAAAUUCGGACACGCCUGAGGCAACAGAAGACAAGUCUAAUUUUAAAUUUGGUAGCCCUGAGAAGUUUGAAUUUUCAUUCAAACCGCGGCCUCCUCGCUCACGAGAUGUGAGCCAUUGCGAAUCUGAAGAUGGAGUUGUGGAAGAAGAUGAGGGAGAUCAUCUCUACUUUGAGCCCGUGGUGCCACUACCGGAUAAGGUGGACGUGAUCACCGGAGAAGAGGACGAGGAAAUCCUGUACUGUCACCGCGCUAAGCUGUUCAGGAAAGCGGGACCUGAGUGGAAGGAGCGAGGUCUUGGUGACAUUAAAAUACUCAGGCAUCGCGAGACCGGCCGCGUGCGUCUCUUGAUGAGACGCGAGCAGGUUCACAAGAUCUGCCUAAAUCAUCACCUGACAGAGGCAAUCAAGUUGAACGAAAAAGAUGAGAAGUCAUUUUACUGGGUAGCUCAGGACUAUUCAGAAGACCCGCCAUCACUUGAGACCUUCGCAAUCCGUUUCAAAACUCCCGACAUCGCUCAGGCGUUCAAAAAGGCGGCUGCCGACGCCCUGAAUGGAGUAGCGGCUCCGGCUGCUGCUGUCAAUACUUCAGUGGCUAAGAGUGAUGUCCAGGAGAAAUCAACGAGCAAGGAUCAAGCAGAUGGUUGUGUCCUGUCCUCAACUACUCAGCAAGAGUCGUCUCGUCUUGCUCUCGCUCGCAAACUCCUUCUUCCUGACGAUUUCUUUGCCUUCGAAGAAGCCGAGCGUCGAUGCAGCGGCUGCCUAGGCUGCAAAGUAGACACCCUUCCUCCGUUCUUAGAGCCUGAAACUCCUGCUGGAAAUGUGCUGAAAGACUUCCCUCGUGACGAGUUUCCGAGCGCUACCACACCAUCGUUCGCUGCUCGUUCCGUUUUCGGCACUAAGGCUAGUGACUCAGUCCUGGCAAAACCACUUUUUGGGUCCACUCCAAGCGUGAGCUCCGCAUCUCUCUCCUUCGGCUCAGCUCCGCCGGCUAGAAGCUUGUUCGGAGGAGCAAACGCUGAUGAGCAAAAACCUUCAAGUUCUCUGUUUGCUGGCCCGUCUGUCGGUUCACUGUUUGGAGGAGCAACCACACCUUCAGUUUCUGCCAACUCGGUGUUUGGCGGUGCUAGUACAACACCGAAUUCUGCUUCUAAGGGAACUGUUUUUGGAAAUUUGAACCCUUCGUCCACAGGCGGUCAGACACAAUCUCCAUUCUUCGGCGCGCCUUCUUCUAGUUCCGUAUCUGGUGAUGCGCCAUCAACCACAUCAAAACCGUCUCUGUUCGGUGGAGCAUCGAGUCUUGCUGGCAAAACCAGCUCAGCUUUAGCCAGCAACUCUGUGUUCAGUGAAAUCGCCACGUCAUCCUCCGCAUCAGUUUUCGGCGGAAGCAUUACGCCAUCCUCCACAUCAGUUUUCGGCGGAAGCAUUACGCCAUCCUCCACAUCAGUUUUCGGCGGAAACACCACGUCAUCCACCGCAUCAGUUUUCGGCGGAAGCACCACGUCAUCCUCCGCAUCAGUUUUCGGCGGAAGCACCACGUCUUCCUCAGCGUCUAUUUUUGGUGGCGGCCCCGCUGCCAAUUCCGGUUCAUUGUUUGGAGGAAUCAGCAAAUCUGGCACAUCGCUUUUUGGAGCUCCAGCUACCUCAGCCUCAUUAUUUGGCGGCUCUUCAGCCUUCGGUGCAAGUACAGCUCCAACUUCAUCAUCGCCCUUCAGUGAUACCUCUAAAGCCGGCUCUCUCUUUGGUAGCCUUGCAGUUACCGUUUCUGCUGCAUUGCCUAGCAAUAGUUCAACUGUGUUUGGUGGUGCAACUGCUGGAACAACUGGAGGGAGCCUAUUUGGAGGGGCCUCUUCAACUGAAGGCAAAGGUUUGAUAUCAUUUGCUGAUAUACCAGCUGCUACAGAAGGAUUCGCGUCAAAGGCCCCUACAGAUAUGUCAGCGUGGCAGUCGAAACCAUUAUUCGCAUCCUUCAAUAAAUCGAACAAUCAGAGUAGAGAUGAUAGCGUUGAUCAAACCCAAAACGAAGAAGACGAUUCUCAUGAUCCACAUUUCGAACCUGUUAUUCCCAUGCCUGAUCUUAUUGAAGUAAAAACAGGCGAAGAAGACUUGGAAGUUGUGUACUCUCAUCGAUGCAAAACGUUCAGGUUCGAUAACAACACAAAAGAAUGGAAAGAAAGGGGUCUUGGAGACAUCAAGAUCUUGUACGACCCUAGUAAUCAGAAGUUUAGAAUACUUCAACGACGUGAGCAAAUCCACAAACUAGCUGUCCAUCAUUAUUUAUUGCCGGGGCAAAAAUUGACGCCUCUAGCUUCUUCUGACACUGCCUGGUGCUGGUACGCCCACGAUUUUAGUGAAGUAGCACAAGGCUCGCAAGAACAAUUGGCUGCCAAGUUCAAAAAUUCUCAAAUUGCUGGUGAGUUUAAAGCCAAAUUUGAGGAGUGCGUUUCAAAAGUUGAAUCACUGAACAACAGCAGCUUUUCGACUCCAGCCGAUCUUCUAAAGAAUGACUCCUCUCCUGCAUCUAAUGGCGGUGCUGCUACUGCCGCCGCGGACACUUCCACGAAGAGCAAACUCGUUUCAGGAAGCGUCCAACCACCUAAGUUUGUCGAGUCCGAGACGGAGUCUUCUGAAACGGGCGAAGAUGAUGAAGACGACGAUGAUUAUAUCGACAGCAGCAUCAUGUUUGAAAAGUCAUGUCAGCUGGAGAAGCGCUUAGGCGAAAACUGGGAUGAUCUUGGCACGGUUAUUCUUCGUAUUGUAUACGAGUCUGACUCGGACGGCGCGCGCCUCAUGGCGACUGAUGAAAGUGACCUCCUACUCCUGGAUCACGUGCUAACUGCCGACCUCGCUUACGAUGACAUCGAUGAGUGUAUCGUGUCGUGGGCUGCUCUCGACCUCUCCACUCAGCCUGCCUGCCACGUGAAACUUCGAGCCACCUUCCAGGAUUACGAUGAUAAAGAAAUUUUCAUCGGAACCUUGGAGGAGGGUCGAGAGUUCGCCAACAGGGAUGGCGUGAAUGAAGGAUCUUGUGGCGAGCCUGUCGUGAGGGCGUGUGAUCCCGAGCUCGCAAGUGUAAUGGCUCAAUUGUUGAAAUCGAUUAAAGAAUAAUAGCUGAGCGGCCAAUCACGAAGCCACACGCAAGUUUCCUGGUUCGCCAUGUUGGGACCUGCGUCGUCUGGUCUUGUGGAAAGUAGAUGCAUACUUGUAUUUAAUCUUACUGCUGUUGUUCAGUGAUUUAAAUUUGUUCAUUAAAUGACAAUUUAUUUCUUAAAAGUAUAGCUCACUCGAGAGAAGUAUCUGCCAAGGAAUAGCGCUGAAAGCAUCAUGACAGUCCUGUUGAUAACGCGUCGAGAUUUGUUAAUUUUAUAUCGUCUCUCUAAUGGUCUUCAGUUUUAAUUGACGCUCCUGAUAAAUAAUUCUAUUACAAGCCAAAUCAAUUGAUCUGUAUUCAUCUCCUGUAUGAAAACAUUGGAAAAAUUCCCCUCUCACUCCUAACCGUUGCGUUACUCAACCUGAUGUGAUGCUCAUAUAUUAAUCGUUGCUGAUAUUGUUUUGGGUUUUCCUAAUCGUCGUUUUAUCGAGACGUUGACACGUGGUGGUAUAUAUUUUCGUGCGAACAUUUUACUAAAUUUUCGCGUAUCACGUUUGAAAAAACACCUUGUCUCUUUUUAUAGUGUUACAAUGAACCUCAUUUGCAGUUUUUCGAAGACCUUUUAUUUCAACCUUUUAAAGAAAGGGCAUUCUUUUCCUUGGAAACUGUCAGGAGACCUUAACCUCCUGCCAGUUUCAUGGGGCGUAGAAGAACCUUGUGUUAGGAUUAUGUGUAGCCAUUUGUGUUGGAGUAGUAAUUCUAAAUGUAGUGCGUGGUACCAAUAAACAUUGUGCUUCGAUUCAAA